AUGACUUUGUUAAUGGAUGGAACCGUUUCAACGGAAACUGUUUUAACAUGGAAGGCAGAUAAUGUGGCUGAUUGGCUGAAGGCAAUUGGACUUGAAAAAUACACCAGCAAGUUUAAAAGUAAGUAACUAUUAUAAGUGAUCUAAGGUACUGAUUUCAUUAGGUACUAUGAAAAGUGAGUAACCAUAUAUGGGUGGCCAGGGAAACCUAACGACGGAUAGGUAAGUACUGAAUUGUCACAAUGACAACUCGUCCAGAAGGUGGUGGUCGAUCGGGACUUAUCAGAGUAAAAUAAUAUUUAAUUCUGCUCAAUUCUAUAUGCAAAUACUUGUCUUGUAUGAAAUUUAAUUUUCUUGCUUCUGUAAAUGUCAACAUAAAUGAAGUUCACUGCCAUAAUUUGUCGUCAUGCAUCAGUGGUGUAUCUAUGUUGUAUGAAAGAAAAGACAAUCUUAUUGUAGAUGGGAUUUUUGUUGGUGGAAUCUUCGAAACUUUAUCUGCAAUUUUAGACAUCGCCAGGGGCAGCUGUGAAAAAUGAAAGUGUAGGCCCUCCGGUAGGAACUGAGAUUCGCAGGGCCAGGUUGCUAUGACUUUGUUCUUUUUUUCUUUGAUGAAUACAAGAUAACCGGCUAUGAUACCUGCAUGCUUGUUUUAUAAUGAUUAUACACAUAGAUACAGAUAAUGGUAUAGAUACUUAAAUUACAAAUGGUAGAUACUACUAAAGUCCUUACCGAAAAUUGCUUGACUGUCCAAUUUCCACUGUUCUUUUUUCUUUGUCUAAAACUGAAUGUGAAUGCUAAAUGGGUUUGAUUGCAUAAAGUGAAACCAAAUCCGUGGAUACAGUUUUUACAGUUUUUGUAUUACAUGAUCGAGUUUUGAUCUGUCGUAGUUUAGAACUUUUGAAAAAUCCAUCAUGACAUUUAUAACGUCAAUUAUAAUGUAUGUUUUGCAGGAAAUAUGGUGACUGGAGCAAUUCUUGUACAACUUGAUGAACUACUGUUGGGUAAGACGUUCUAGUCAUUCAUGCAAACAUUGUCUACAUUUUAAGUUUAAUAAGAUGACUCCAUCGGGACGGACGACUUUGGGGAAACAAUGUUAGCCCAUCGGAUAAUUCAUAAUGAUUAUAUUGAUUGGCAAUUUUUGCUUUAAAUAGAUGAUCUCAACAUUCCAAACAUAAAGGACCGUGAGGUUUUACUGCAAUCAGUGUCUUCUUUUACUGGUAAUGUUGAAGACUGUAUAAAAACUGGUUCGCUAAACAAAUCCUCUCUUCUUACCUCAUUUGCUGAUGAGGACGAUCAUAAAAAUACCAAAUGCGAGCCAGAAAUGGAAGUACUCAAAAAUAACGAAGAUGAUUGUGAAGAAAAGACAACUAAAUUUCCUGCAUUUGCUGAGUUGCUUCCAACAAUUGGGGAAGAAGACGAAAUUAAUGUGGGAAGAGAAAAGAUUCAUUCAAACCAAUCGUUGACCAUGAUUUCUUCAGUGGAAAGUAAUGAUGGUGUCAUACAAACACAACUCGAGAAGCUCGAGGAAAGUAAUAAAG